GCCAAAGCCAAUGCUUAACAUAACAGAAAUAUUCAAGAGUGAUUUCUGCUGUAGUAUUGUGUUUUUUUUAUAUAUUUUAUAUUACAAGGUGCCGAACAACUAAGGAAUUGAUAUAUCAUUGUCCCUAUUAACAGACGAACCAUAAAAAUACCUACAUAGUAGCAAAUUUGUAUAAUAUUCUUAAACGCAAAGAUUUAUCAAUAUAACAAACAUGUCUCAAAGGCCUGAAGAUUCACCAAUGCCUACACCUCGUUCAAACAUGUCCUCACCAGGGCCCGAUUUAGAACCUUUUGAAGACGAAGGGGCCUUACUUGGCGACAUAGAGCCUGAUAUGGAGGAGGAAGAUGGAGAAGAACUCUUUGGAGAUAACAUGGAAAAUGAUUAUCGCCCCAUGCCGCAUUUGGACCAUUACGACGACCGCAUUUUAGACGAAGACGAUUAUGAUCAAAUGUCCGUAGGCGAAAGGCUUGCUGCUGAACAGGAAUUACGGCGAAGAGACAGAGAAUUGGGUAUUACAAGAAGAGAUGAAAGAGAACUGUUCUACGAUGAGGCUGAUGAUGUUGAAGAUCCCAGACAAAGAAGACGGAAAGAUGCAGAGAAAGCUGCCGCAGGAGAAGAAGUAGAUACUGAAAUGAUAGAGUCUAUUGAAAAUUUGGAAGACACCAAAGGAUAUUCCAUUAAGGAAUGGGUUAUUAUGAUCGGUCCUAAAACUGAAAUAGCUAACAGAUUCAAAAACUUCUUGAGAACGUAUACCAAUAGUAAAGGGCAGUAUGUGUAUAAAGAUAAGAUCAGGAGGAUGUGUGAAAAUAACCAGUCAAGUUUUAAUGUAGAAUUUACAAGUUUGGCUCACAAAGAACACGUAUUGGCUUAUUUCUUGCCUGAAGCACCAUUUCAAAUGUUAGAAACUUUUGAUGCAGUAGCUAAAGAUAUAGUAUUGUCCAUGUAUCCCAGUUAUGAUAGAGUUACUGAUGAAAUUCAUGUUAGAAUCUCUGAUUUGCCGCUUAUUGAAGAACUACGCACGUUUAGAAAACUUCAUGUGAACCAGUUAGUAAGGACGCUGGGUGUAGUUACGGCUACCACAGGGGUGUUGCCUCAACUUUCUAUAGUUAAAUUUGAUUGUUCAAAAUGUAGUUUCAUAAUGGGCCCCUUUACUCAGACUCAGGAUGCUGAAGUUCACCCCAAUGCAUGUCCUCAAUGUCAGAGCCAUGGACCUUUUAUGAUCAAUAUGGAACAAACCUUGUUCCGGAACUACCAGAAAAUAACGUUACAAGAAUCGCCCGGUCGUAUUCCAGCCGGACGAGUGCCCAGAUCGAAAGAAUGCAUCCUUUUAGCGGACCUUUGCGAUAGAUGCAAACCCGGCGACGAAAUCGACGUGACCGGUAUCUACACCAACAGCUACAACGGGUCGCUUAACACCGAUAAUGGUUUCCCUGUAUUUUCUACCGUCAUUUUUGCUAAUCAUCUGAUAGUUAAAGAUUGCAAACAGAUCGUGCAAUCGUUGACCGACGAUGAUAUUAAUUCUAUUAUUAAAAUGAGCAAGGAUCAUAGGAUUGCGGAAAGGAUAAUCGCGUCGAUCGCGCCGUCUAUAUACGGACAUGAGUACAUUAAAAGGGCUCUUUCGCUAUCGCUGUUUGGUGGACAAUCUAAAAAUCCAGGUAAAAAACACAAAAUUCGCGGUGACAUCAACGUACUGAUAUGCGGUGACCCGGGUACAGCGAAAUCGCAAUUUUUAAAAUUCGUUGAAAAAAUCGCACCCAGAGCCAUUUUCACCACCGGCCAAGGCGCCAGCGCCGUAGGUUUGACCGCUUACGUCAGAAGAAACCCAGCAAGUAAGGAGUGGACGCUGGAAGCGGGCGCUUUGGUACUAGCCGAUCAAGGGGUGUGUCUCAUUGACGAAUUCGACAAGAUGAACGAUCAAGAUCGUACCUCUAUCCACGAAGCCAUGGAACAACAAUCCAUAUCUAUUUCGAAAGCCGGUAUCGUGACCAGCCUCCAAGCCAGAUGUUCGGUAGUGGCAGCUGCAAAUCCGAUCGGUGGUCGGUAUGACGCUAGUUUGACAUUCGCAGAAAACGUCAAUCUUUCCGAUCCAAUUCUGUCUCGUUUCGAUAUCCUGUGCGUUGUAAGGGAUGAGGUCGAUCCCAUCCAAGAUCAACAUUUAGCCAGGUUUGUCGUGGGUUCACAUAUUCGUCACCACCCCGCUAAUAAGGACAAAGAAACACCCGAACAGGUCGUUAGCGAUUUGCAGAUACCGCAAGAGAUGUUGAAGAAAUAUCUGGUGUACGCCAGGCAAAAUAUUCAUCCGAAAUUGCAAAAUAUGGACCAGGAUAAGGUGGCGAAUAUAUACAGCCAGUUGAGGCAGGAAUCUUUGGCGACCGGAUCUUUACCAAUCACAGUCAGACACGUCGAGAGUAUUAUAAGGAUGAGCGAAGCUCAUGCUCGAAUGCAUUUGCGGGAGUACGUCCAAGAAGACGACGUUAACUUGGCAGUUAGAAUGAUGUUGGAGAGCUUCGUUGAAACGCAGAAAUACAGCGUGAUGAAAUCAAUGAGACAGGUAUUCCAACGGUAUCUCAUGUUCAAAAAGGACCACAGCGAACUUUUGUUCUAUAUUUUAAGACAGCUGGCGCAAGAUCAGCUCACUUUCCAACGAAACACCACGGAAAUGGAAGCGCUUACAAUAGAGAUCGACGAAAAAGACUUAAUGGAUAAGGCCAAACAGAUCGAUAUCCGUGAUCUGAAACCGUUCUAUCACAGCAAGAUAUUCGAAUCGAACGAUUUCGUAUAUGAUGCAAAAAGAAAAGUUAUCAUACAUACUUUACCGGAAUCGAUGAUCACCGAUGAUUGAUUUUUAUACAUCAUUUUAAUAUUUUAGUGUAUAGUAAGUUAUUUUUAAUAGGCACUAGGACGCUGGACUUCGGAUUUCACUUUAGAGAUCUUCUAUACCGGCAUAACGAUCAUUUAAACGUCACAGUUUGUGUAUUUGAGGUUAAACGUCAAAAGUGCGACGUGAAGUUAGCUGUAUUGGUAAUGCAGAUACCAUUGAUGUCAAGUUGGUUAUAUUUAUUAAAUUUGACGUGGAAUAAGUGCCACUUUUAUUUUAAAAAUACUAUUUUUUGUAGAUUUACAG